GUCCCCUGGAGAACGGUGUCACCAGCAGGUGGCGCGCUAGCCGCAGGCCCCGCGCCGUCCCCGAGCCGAGAAACUUGCACAAGCCGUUAGUGCGGGUGUUGGAGCCGAGCGGUCCCCGGAGCCGAGCUCAGCUGUUGGCUCCCGCGGGAAAGUGGCCAGAGAAGGGAGCGGACACCCUGCCGGUCUCCGGGUGGGCUCCACGAUCUGGACAUCGUGUGCUUCCUUCGCAAAGGCUCCGCGAGCGGGCUGCUUUCCUGUUGCAUCUUUGAUAUCGUUUCCUAGACUCUGCUCCAUGAUUUAAUUUGGAAUUCUGAAAUGAAGAUGGAGGAGACAGUGGGAAAAGUAGAAGAACUCAUUGAGUCUGCAGCCCCACCAAAACCCUCUGAACAAGAGACAGUCAAGGAGGAAGAGGGCUCUGUAGAACUGGGAUCUCAAGUUCCGAAGGCUGGCGUAGCCGACUCUACAGUGCUUUCUUCAAUGCCCUGUUUGUUGAUGGAACUGAGAAGGGACUCUUCAGAGUCUCAGUUAGCAUCCACAGAGAGUGACAAGCCCACAGCUGGCCGAGUUUAUGAGAGUGACUCCUCUAAUCAUUGCAUGCUUUCCCCCUCCUCUAGUGGUCACUUGGCUGAUUCAGAUACGUUGUCUUCUGUAGAAGAGAACGAACCCUCUCAAGCAGAAGUAGCAGUAGGAGGAGAUACUUCAGGAGUAUCUGGUGCCACUGUUGGGCGCAAGUCUAGACGGUCCCGUUCUGAAAGUGAAACAUCUACUAUGGCUGCCAAGAAAAACCGGCAAUCCAGUGAUAAGCAGAAUGGCAGAGUCACCAAGGUUAAAGGUCAUCGGAGCCAAAAGCACAAGGAAAGGAUCAGACUACUGAGGCAGAAACGGGAGGCUGCUGCACGGAAGAAGUACAACCUGCUGCAGGACAGUAGUACCAGUGAUAGUGACCUGACUUGUGACUCAAGCACGAGCUCGUCAGAUGACGAAGAAGAGGUUUCAGGGAGCAGCAAGACAAUCACUGCAGAGAUACCAGAUGGACCUCCAGUUGUAGCUCAUUAUGAUAUGUCUGACACCAGCUCUGACCCAGAAGUGGUAAAUGUGGACAAUUUAUUGGCGGCUGCAGUAGUUCAAGAGCACAGUAAUUCAGUAGGCGGCCAGAACACAGGAGCUACCUGGAGGACCAGCGAGCUUCUAGAGGCAGGUCAUUUGGAUCCAGGAUUCCUAGCAAGUGACAAAACAUCUGUUGGAAAUGCACCACUUAAUGAAGAAAUUAAUAUUGCCUCUUCAGAUAGCGAAGUGGAGAUUGUGGGUGUUCAGGAGCAUGCAAGGUGUGUUCACCCCCGAGGAGGUGUGAUACAGAGUGUUUCUUCCUGGAAGCAUGGCUCUGCAACGCAGUAUGUUGGCUCCCGGCAAACACAGUCAUGGACUGCCGUGACUCCCCAGCAGACGUGGGCCUCCCCCGCAGAAGUUGUUGACCUUACCUUGGAUGAGGAUAGCAGGCGUAAAUACCUACUGUAAUGCAACGUCACUGUUUCUCUGCACUGUUCCCUCCCACUUCCUCCUCUCUGUGACAUGGAAGUUCAUUGUCAUAGCUUCAGCUUCAGAAGCUGUUUGUGGCAUUUGUGGAAUUGACAUUCAUGGUAACCUCCCCCCUCUUUUUAUUAAAAUAUUCACUUAGGAAAAUAACUUAUCACAGAGAAAAUAAUUUUUUUCUUUUCCUUGAUAAGAAUAUGAGAAUGGUGGAUUUUAUUAGCCGACUUCAGUUUGCUUGAUGACUUAUCUUAAAAGUCAUCCUCCAUUUAGAAUAAUAUUUUACUUACUAGUCAAAAUGGAUUUCAGGUUUUGAAUCUUAUAUUUAUUUUUCUGUAUAAUGAAAUUAAUAUGCAGAUGUGGCCGCCCUCCAUCUGCCUCAUUGUCACUCCUGUCUUAGGGCAUUUGCACACAUAUCAGUCAGGGCCUCGCUGGCGCCUGGUAGGGCAUAUGCAUUUAGAAAACCCUUCCUUAAAAGUGGAAGACAGAAGUAUUAUAGAAUACAUUUUCUCCUCAGCUUACGUCUUCCGCCAUCUUUCCUGACAUAGCUCCUUGUCAAUUUGCCAUGACACAAAUAUUCAAGAUGCCCCCCUCUUUAUUCCCAGAUACUAUUGAGGGGACUCAGUCAGUCUCCUUGUUGCAAUAAUUCAUACUUCUUUGAGAGUUUCUGAAGAGCGCAUUGAGAGGUCAUGGGGAAACCUCUGUCUCUCAGCUCCCCCCCAACAUGGAAACCUGUUACUUGAGUAGGAAGAACUUAAGAGGCUGUGUGGCAUCUAAGUCUUUAGGCACUUGCAAAUCUGAGAGGAAAGUAAGUGCCUUCUUUUGCAGCUGGUUGCUCCAUAGAGGGUGUGUGACAACUGUUUAACUGGACCUCAUGCUGUGUUUGGGUAGUUUUCUUCGCCUUCUGAAAAUAUAUACACGAGAGAAAUGAAAAUAUACCAUAAGAAAUCAGAUGCAAAGCACAUCGGAUAGUACUAUAAGUCUUACAGUAUCUAAAAGGAUUAGUAAAGGAUAAUAGACACUUCAGGGAAUUUAGGAAAUGCCAGCAGAGGAAUUUUGUGGCAUUAGUUACUACCUUUUUCCUGUAAUGUUGUAGUUGUUAGUGAAGUACUUUACAAAAGCAAUACUUAGAAUUAGAACACUAUGUCUUGUGAACAGCGGAGAGUGAAGUAAUACUGGCUCAGAAGACUUCACAUGUGGUGUUUGUUUGCAUUGUUACAUGCGGUGUUGCUGUGCCCUUUUGCUCCCUCCUUAUGCCUUGGUGGCUCUUCCCGACUGUAGGAUGAGACCUACCAUUUUCAUCCAGGGCACACAUUGACCAAGGACCACUCUACAUACAACACUGUGCAGGGUGGAUGCUGCGGAGGCCCUGAGAGAAACGAGACACAGCCUGCAUGCUCAUGCAUGAGUCUGCCUGGCAUUUUCUUUCUUCUUACACAAAGACAAGUUUAUUCAUCUGUUCUCCUUCUUGGUACUUCCUUUCUUCUUUCUGUAGAUCCCUUUGGUAGGUAUAUAUGUGAGCAUGUGUUCUUUGAUCUUUUCUGUAGUGUUCAUUUGAUCUGCCCUCUGUUCACCAACUUUGCAGUUUUUUCCUUUAGUCUACUACUAAUUAGGCUUUAAAAAUCACAAAUCUCCAGUUUCAGAACAUCAUUUAUCUCUCUCACCUGGCCACAAUCCUAGACAGAAACCAAAGACCCAGAGGCCAGAGCGAAACAGGACUUUCAUUGCUGGUUAUCUUUGGACCUUCACAUCUUGCUUUAGCAUUAAUUUAUUGAAUUUUACUGUUACACUUUUUUUUUUUUUUUUACUUGAAUUAUAAUACUCAUCAGAGGAGAAACAUAAUUUCUGGUCUUUGUUUCCCAGAAAGUUAUUGGUAGGAGAAUAUAGUGGAGUGUAUGACUUGAAGUUUUCGCAGCUUAUGUCUCCUCCAGUGUCAAGGGCAGUUCAUUUUAAAGAAUGUUUUUUCAUUACUUAUUUUCAUGUUAAGAAUGUUUUGUUCAAGUCUAUACAGCAGGUGAUUUCUCCUGACAUUUUCUUUUGUCCCUAAUAGCCAUCCCCUAAUUUUGGGUGCACUGUGGAUUGGUGACAGAAUGAACUUGUAACCAAGCUCUUUUCUGGCCUUUUGCCUUUAUCUUAGGUUGUACAAACUUACUCCGGAUACAGGUCCCUGACUACUUGACUUAUGCAUCAAAACAGAGAUUCAGGCAUUAAUAUGCAACGAGUGAAGGGUUGCUUGAAGCAGUUGGCUCUCUCUAAGAAGUAUGGGGCUUUCCCAUCUAAUAAUUAAUUAAGAGGGUGUUUGGACUCCUCCAUUAUUGCUACAUCCAGGAGAGUGGAAGUAUAGUUUCUAACAAGGGUUAAUCAAAUUCUGUGACAUAUAACUCUCAUAACAUUUGAACUUUUCUUUAAAGUUUUUUUUUUGUUCAUGUUGUUUGUUUGUUUUUGUUUUUUGUUUUUCGAGACAAGGUUUCCCUGUGUAGCUUUGGAGCCUGUCCUGGAACUAGCUCUGUAGACCAGGCUGUCCUCUGCCUCCCAAGUGCUGGGAUUAAAGGUGUGUGCCACCAAAACCCAGCUGAAGUAUUGUUUUCUAAUUAAAGUUCUACAUUUGGAAACAUUAAGUAGUCCUUUAUGCUUUGCCAAGUCAUUGAUGAGGGAUCCAGUAGGCUCACAGAUAGAUUUAUGUCACGAGUGUGGUUAAUUCCCUUCUCCUCCAAUUUGAAAAAAGCAGAGGAGCAGAAACCUGGCUGUUCGCCACUGUGGCAGCUUGAAAUGGCAACUACUGCUCUUUGUAGCUGCCCGUUCUUGUAGAUCAGUGGUUCUCAACCUGUACACAGGUCACAGCCCCUUUGAGGAUUAAAUGCCCCCUUCACAGGGGUCUCCUAAGACCAUCUGUAUAUCAGAUAUUUACAUUAGAGUUCACAACAGUAGCAAACUUACAGUUAUGAAGUAGCAAUGAAAAUAAUUUUAUGGCUGGGGGGGCCACCGCAGCAUUAUCAGAACCACUGAUAAAGACUAGCUGGAUGCUGUCAGUGGUAAGAGAGCAGCCACGGCAUGUGUUGGUCAGCAUUUACAAGCAUGGCCUGCCUGGUUUGCUAGUUUAGUCAUUUGUUCAUGUGCUGUUAGCAGAGUAACACUAUUAGUAACUUAAGACAGAUUCAUUGCUUGCUUUUUUGUACUUUGUCACAAGGCUUACAAAAGCCUAGGGCACAAUUUUGUCUUAGUUUUGACUUUUUUCUUUUUUUUAAAGGCAAAGAGCUGAGCCCCAAUUCCUGCUCUCCCGUAUGUGUGUGAUGUGACUUCCAUGUGUAUAUAAAAACUGUUGCACCCUAACCAAACUUCCUCAGAUUGUGCACUGUUUGUUUAAAAUAAUCACGUAUUUUAGUUCAAUGCUGUUGUAUUUUUUCUUUUUAUUUAAAACACUACUUAUUCCCUAACAAAUUUCAAAGGGUAGUGAUCUUAAAAAAAAAUCACUGGAAACUAGGAAAUGUUUUUGUUGUUGCUUUGUUCUUUAAAGAGUGCAAAGGUCACUGAAUCGUUUGCUCUUCUUACCUUGAACAUGAAUUGUCAGCCAUUGUACGGCUGGGAACCAGUGCACUUGGCGUUAACAGAUCUGCUGUUGCUGGGGACUGAGCGUGGACUUGAUGCAGUGAUGACAAAUCAUUGCGUAGAAGUAAUGUUUUCCAAAUGUGCAACUCAAGUUUGUAAAAUGAAAUUUAGUUCUUUACACCAUUAUUUAGUUUUUGUUUCCAUUUAGUAUUUAAUGGUCUUUGGAGAAAAAAAAAUAAACAGAGUGUUAUAUAUAUAUUUUUUGGUGCAAGAUAAGAUUUUGUUUUUUGAAAUAAGUCUGUAGCAUAAAGGUUAAACUAUUUUAAGACAAAAUAAAAAUAGAGUGUAUUUAAACAA